UUUUCCUUCUCUUACCUCGGCACUGAGCUCAUUGAGCAAAGCGAAGCAGUAGCGGAUGCAAUUUUCCACAGCAAAUGGUACACGCAGAAGCUGAACAGACAGAAAGACAUGUGUUUCUUGAUGAUGCGAGCAAAUAAGCCGGUGAAAUUGACUGCCGCCAAGUUGUUCGUUGUAACACGCGAUUCCUUCACCCAGGUGAUUAAACAGGCAUACACAAUCUUUACAUUGAUGUCACAGUUUUUGGACAACCCUGUGAAUUAAAAUAUUUGGAUUGUAGAGAAUCAUACAAUUGCG